AUCUAUCUAUCUAUCUAUAUAUAUAUAUAUAUAUAUAUAUGCAUGCUUCUUAUUAGUUCUUACAUUCACAGAGGAUUAAGUCCAACCAGUGAAAGCCACAUCAAUCAAGAUAUAUAUAUCUUCUCUCUCUGUGCACUGUGUGUGUGUGUGUGUUUUGUGUUAGUGCCUUGAAAUGGGGUUUGUUGGUGGAGGUGACUUUGCAGCUCUGUACUCUUGUUUACUCGUAUGCAUCGCCACUUUGCUCAGCCUUUGCCAAGGGAUGCAGCAGGCGGAGUACCGGUACCCGUUCAUCAAAGCCGCGAGCUCGUGGCGAGGCAGCGUGGCGGAGUUCGACUACAUAAUAGUCGGCGGUGGAACUGCGGGGUGCCCCCUGGCAGCCACGCUGUCCCGUAACUACAGCGUUCUGCUGCUGGAGAGAGGCGGCACUCCCUUCGCCAACUCCAACGUCUCCUUCAUGCACAACUUCCACAUCGCCCUCGCCGACACCUCCCAUACCUCGCCCUCGCAGAUGUUCAUCUCCACCGACGGCGUCUUCAACUCCAGGGCCAGGGUUUUGGGCGGCGGUACAUGCAUCAAUGCAGGCUUUUACACCCGGGCUGACCAAAGGUUCAUCAAGAGCGUAGGAUGGGAUGAGAAGCUAGUGAAUGAAUCAUAUCCAUGGAUCGAAGAUCAAAUCGUUCAUGAACCAGAGGUGACGCAAUGGCAGGAAGCAGUUAGAGAUGGCCUCUUGGAAAUCGGCGUUUCUCCAUUCAAUGGAUUCACUUACGAUCACAAAUAUGGAACCAAGGUCGGAGGCACCAUCUUCGACCGCUUCGGCCGUCGCCACACGGCCGCUGAGCUCCUCGCCUCCGCCAAUCCCGACAACCUCCGCGUUUUAGUCCACGCCACGGUCGAAAAGAUCGUAUUCGACACCACAGGGGAAAAGGCGAGGGGAGUGGGAGUGAUCUUCAAAGACGAGAAGGGGAUGAGGCACCGAGCAGAGGUGUCGAGGACUCCCAAAAGCGAGGUGAUCGUGUCGUGUGGCGCCAUCGGGAGCCCUCAGAUGUUGAUGCUGAGCGGCGUGGGGCCCAAGGCAGAGCUCCAACGCCUCAACAUCUCCGUCGUUGUCGACAACGCCUUCGUCGGGAAGGGCGUGGUCGAUAACCCGCUCAACACCAUAUUCGUCCCCACCAACGGCCCCGUCAACCAGUCCUUGAUACAAACUGUCGGCAUCACCAAACUCGGAGUUUAUAUUGAGGCUAGCAUGGGUUUUGGCCAGAAAUCUGAUAGCAUUCAAUGGGAUCAUGGCAUUGCAUCAGCUGAGAUAGGUCAGUUGUCUACAAUCCCUCCGAAGAAACGUACGCACGAAGCCAUUCGUGCGUACAAGGCGAACAAGAGAAGCCUCCCGCACGAAGCGUUCAAGGGAGGCUUCAUUCUUGAAAAGAUUGCGAAGCCUCUAUCAACAGGGGAGAUCACCUUGAAAAACAGAAACGUGGACGACAACCCUUCCGUGACUUUCAACUACUUCAGCCAUCCGGGUGAUGUAGCGCGUUGCGUGGAUGGCAUCCGGCUGGUGGAGAAGCUGCUGAAGUCGAGGCCGUUGGCCAAGUACGCAGAGAUGGACAUCCAAACAGAGGAGAGGCUGCUGAACAUGAGUGUUAGGGCUAGUGUGAACCUCAUACCUAGGCAUACCAAUGAUACAAACUCAUUGGAGCAGUUUUGUAAAGACACUGUCCUCACAAUUUGGCACUAUCACGGCGGAUGCCACGUCGGGAAGGUCGUGGACCGCGAUUAUAGGGUGCUCGGAGUGGAGGGGGUCCGUGUCGUUGAUGGCUCCACCUUCUACGACUCGCCGGGGACUAAUCCGCAGGCCACGGUCAUGAUGAUGGGCCGGUACAUGGGAGUGAAGAUGUUGAGAGAGAGGUUAGGGGAGGCAGCUGGAGUUUGAAGAGCCUCAUUUUGUGUUGCUCAAGAUAUUAAUUGUACCAACUUUUUUAGGUUUCUAUUGUUGUUGGCUUGAAUUUGGAAUGUGUGUGUAGAGAGAGAGGGGCCAAUUUGUGGAUAUUGCAUUGGUAAAUCCAUUGCUGCAAUUAUUAUCUUCUGGAUCACA